UUUUGACGAUUUCGUCUACUCAAAAUUUGGCGAAAUAAUCAUGAAAAACACAAUAUUACAAUAAGAAAUUCGAUAUAAAGUAUCUAUCAAUGAAAUGUAUGAAUCAUAAGGCCCACUUGUAAUGCCUGGUGACUUGAGUUGAAGGAGUAUUAUCCUGCGGACUUUACUGUGGUUUCUAAAGUAAGAACACUUUCACAGACAUCCUGUCCGAGUACAAUCCAGGCAAGAUGGAUGACUAUUCAUCAUCCUCCUCUGAUGAUGACUCCCAUACUUACGACAAGGCCUACCGCCCACCGAGGGCAUCGAGCGCCUCCCGGGGAGCAGCUAUCACCAUCGAAGAAAUCUGCAAGCGGAAGCCCUACCUGGUCAAACGGAGUGACUUUCUAGGCGUCACACUACCGAGCAUUGUAAAGCUGCAGUACAGUAUCUGUGUCGCCCCUGAAAGUAGUUCAUUUGCCGAUGCGACCAAAUCAAGUAUCAUGCCGCCAGAAAAAGAGUGUGAAAAAAUGCUGGAGAAGUUACGGGCCUCGCCUUCUUGUAGUGUCUUUCUGCCGUAUGGUUUGUUCAACUUGGAAGGUGUUGGCAAGUUUGUGUAUUGCCAUAUGAUGAAGAAAACAAAGAUGAUGGUGCAGGCUGAGGCCAGCUGGUUUGAUGACUUGGCAUUGUUGGGGCGAUAUGAGUCAGCAGAGAACAUUCCUGAAAUGAGAAUGGUGGCAUUUAGAGACUUCCUCUCAGACCAUCCGUUCAAUAAAGUCAUGCCACUGGUUGGCUCGGUCCAAGCCACCGUGGAAGACCUCGCCAGUAUGUGUUGUAACCGUUCCUACGUCGAUACAGUCGUCAUGAAAUUCAUCGAUGUUCUCAAUAGGCAACAUGAAGAUUACUUUGUUGGUUAUCUAAAUGCAAUGUUAACAGACCCAGGCCGUCAUGGUAAGGAGGCACGAGCUAAAUGUUUCACCAAAUUCAUCUUCAUAUUACAUGUGCAGCAAACUGCAAGUAAUGACAAUGUCAAGCCCACAGUUAAUAUUGCAGGUUAUGAUUCCGACGGCGGUAACCAUUACACAUUCUGUGUUAUGACUCUUGGUGAAUCCUCCGCCGAUGCCUUAUACGUGGACACGCUAGGUUUAGAGGCUCCAUUUGGCAUGGCGCAGAGUUUAAAACAGUUUCUUUUAGGAUUUCUCCACGGCACUGCAAUGUACAAUGUGGCUCUGAACAUUAGUUAUGCACAUUACCCCGACAAUAAGAAGACUCAUACAUGCAGUUACAACUGUUCAGUUUACCCCAAGCAGUCUUGCACAGUCCUCGGUGGCCCUGCUGUCAUCCUCGGCGUUGCGCUUGCCAUAUUCUUCCCAACUGAAUUCCAGACAUUGACGAACACGAAGCGAUCAGAUAACGAAUGUGCUUCUCUCAGAUGCAGAAUAACCCACCUCAUGCCUGACCUGUCUAGUCAUGCGCGGUACUUGCGUUUCUGUGUGAUCAAUUGGCUCAGCUCUGGCCAAGUCAAGAUAGGCAACAUCAUCGGAGAAGAGAAACUGAAAAGGUUUUCCAAGAUCAAGAAGCCAGUCGAUGCCACGGAUCCUGUGGAGACCUUCAUUGUGAUGACUGAAGCACAUGUAGCCAGCCCUGCUGUUGUCACUGCACCUAUUGGAUCAAGCGCACUCCGACUCAGAGCUGCAACAAAAAAAUUAAGAAAAUGGAAGCCGUACCAAAAGAAUGCUGCAAAAGGCAAAGAACCAUCUCCAGAUGAUAACAAGAAAGAUGAUGUUGCUGAAACAGUUGUUGCGGAUUCAAAUAUUGAAACGCCUCCAGAAAAAUCUCCAUCCACACCUAGUGAAUCUGAGUAUGGCCUGUCAUCUUUCAAACAAAGGUUGAAGGACCAUAUCAAGCAAAAACAGAGGAUGAAAGAACGCAGGGAGCAGAAAAAGAAACCAGCAGUUACUACGGCAACGGAGAAGAACAAGAGCACAGAUGCUGGUGAGGAGGCUCAGGUCAGUGGAGGAGUCACGCCUGUUGUACCGUGGCAGCAGAUAGUAGAACCAGUCAGAUCUGUGACAUCACCGCCGGUCACUCCACCUGCUGUAGCAGCACCAGUUAUGCAACCAGUUUCAGCUACCACAGUGACAACACCGACACAAGUCAGCCAAUCUGCUGUAGCUGCACCGGUAGUGCUGACAACAGUGACACAACCGGCUGCAGCUGAUAGAGUGACGCCGAUACAAGUCACUCAACCUGCUGUGGCAGCACCAGUGGCGCAGACAUCUGUUACACGACCAGCUGUGGCCAGUACAGUGGCACUGACACCAAUUACGAGACUGGCUGCGGUUAAUUCAGUGAUGCCAAUACAAGUCCCUCCAUCUGCUGUGGCUGCACCAGUGGCGGGUACACCAAUUACAGGACCGGCUGCGGCUAAUCCAGUGAUGCAAGCAACUCAAUCUGCUGGGACUGCACCUGUUGUGGUACAGCAGAACACUCAGCUGGCAGGCAUGACAGGCAUUGCAGUAACACCAACUUCUCAUCCUGCAGGAGUUUUGCCAGUCACUCUGACCUCAUUUUCUCGUACUGUUGGAGUUUCUCUGCCCUCGGGUGUCAUGCCAAUGACUCUUACGCAGAUUGCCCAACCACAAAUGAUGGCAAUGUAUGACCCGGGAAGAGGUCAGGGUCAGACGUUGGUUCUGACAACCUUGACAUCAACAGAAGAUCCUAGUGUUGUUGUACAGAAGACAGCUCCAGUUCAGACGUUUGUGACGUAUGCUUCUCCAGGUCCUGCGGGUGAUGGCUUGUCUUCUGCUGAAACGGCACGAGAGAAGGAACCAAUUGUUAUUGGGUCAGAUAGCGAGGAACAGACACCAGCUCCAAUGGAAGUACAGGAGGCUGAGAUGACAGAGCAGCCACCAGAUACACCCAUGACCCCAAGUGUUACAACUCGAAGCAGUGCAAACAAGGACACACCAGUGAAUACGUCUGCUGUCGUUGCACCUGGGGUCAGAACCCGUAGAAGUGCUGCAAAGGAGGGAAUUUCGCUGGCAAAACCGGGCGCUGUUGUUCAGCAUAAAGCUGAGAAAGUCAAGACUGCAAGUCUCCCUGUGUCUCCUGGCCUCCAGACUCGAAGUGGUCGGACACUUGUGCCAACUGAGAAGCAACGCAGCAGAACUGAGCACUCAGUUUCUCAUACAAAAGAGCCACAAGCAGAACUAUCGCCCAACAUUAGUGAUUCUGCUGUUACAAGCAGCAGAGGUAGAGCAAAGCCCAAAGCUCCGUCUACCCCAACAACUACUGUGACAUCUGCUUCUGCAAUCAUUUCUGCUACUCAGAAAGAUGCAAAUACACCCACGACAUCCUCAUCUUCUAGGACGAUGGUGCCGGCAUUGUUGGUCAAGACACCAAGUGGGAAUAAAAUCAUCCCUCUCCCAGGCGUGGACCUCGAGAGCAUAUCAAAUUCAGGGAUUGCUGCAUUGCCCAUUGUCUCGGCUGAUGUCACCCCCAGUAAUAUCGUGACCAUGACAAGUACAGGAGUCGUUGCACAGACGAACACAACAACAAGUGCGUCUCCUGCUACAGUAUCACCUGCACCUUCCACAUCAUCCGGCAGAAAGCCAAACAUUCUUUCACGGUCCAGGAGGGCAUCCUCAGCUUCGAGGCCUGCAGACCCUGUCUCAAGCUGUCCUGAAUCAACAGGUGAAGUGGAACAGAAUUCAGAACAAUCUCAUCGCCCAGGUACCAUGUCUGUGAUGCAAGCCAGCACAGAUUUCAGUAGUUUUGAGGUUCCAUCUGGUGGAUCUUUCAGUAUUUAUAAACUUGAUGAGAACGGACAGGCAGUCUUGCUGCCGAUCCCAGCUAUUCCAGUUGCUCCUGUCGGCUUGCCCCAACAAGAUGUCGGAUCUGAUAAUGUUCCCGCUGUGCUUGCUGCAGAACAACGCGAAGAAAUCAUUGAUGAAGAACAAAUGACCGAGCCAAUUCAGCCCACAGAAAUCCCAAAUAUUGAUAUUCCUGAGGACAGUGAGGUACUGAGUGGCCAACAACAUGUGCCUCUUGCCAGUAGCAACACCUCACGGCCAUCCAUGGAGAAUAAUGCAGGUCAUGUGUCUACGGUUGGAACAGGCCCCAACAUAAUCAAAAUGUCAAAGAGCGCUGCACCAGCAACCAUUACAGCACAAGAUUUAGCUACAACAUCAACUGACGAAGUAACCAUCCCUCAGGAAAAUAAAGGUCUACCAGCUGCGACUACGAGUACUGAAAGUUUGCCAACUUCUGUGCAGUUCGCUUCUCAGCUUUCCACCAGCACAUCAGGGAAGAUACUCAGUAUGUCGCCACGGCUGAUGAACCUACUGAAAGACAAUCCGCAUGCCAAGGUCACCCUGCCCGAUGGCCGAGAGCUGAAAGUUAAAUGGGGGAAGGAUUCCUUGACUGCUACUGCCGUGUUUGCUUCAGCGGGACCAGCUGGUGAGCCAACUGGUGAGCCAGCUCCAUCCGAUGUUGAUAAUGGUGCGACAAAGAAUACAGAGGAUGCAGGCAGUGGAAUGAACGUCCUGAUGGAGACGGUAGCAAGUCCUGCUACUCUUCCAAGUGCUGAGAAUGCCAGCAAGCGUGCAUAUGUGAAAAGACAGAUCAGUCUACAGGCAUCUACAAAUGUAAUGAUGUUCCUAGCCAAAGAGCCGCAGCUCUUUUAUGAAUCUGCCAGUAAAUUGCUUGUCGUACAAGCAGAGUUGAAAGCGUAUCCAGGAGCCACAAUCACGAAAGAGUUCCCUUGUGAAAGCAGUGAUGAUUUGCAGCAGGUCAUUUCGGAGGCUGAGCAGUUCUUUGAUGGUGAAGCUGGUCUCACAUGGGUGAGGGAAAUUUCAGAUAACUAUCGCGUCAUCAUGGUUCCUAAACAGCUAAGAAGCCACUUGAGAUCGAAUCCCAUCCUGAUGUUUGUCGCACCAGAUCAGUUGGUCAUAUCAAUCUCAAUAAAGAAGAUGAAGACAAUACAGAAAAGCUUUGGUUGUACUGAACUUGGCUUUAAUGAUCCGAAUGGGAUGAAGGAAGUCAUUAACUUUGUAAAGGGAAAUGAAAUACUAACAUGGUUGCGUGAGGAACAUGGUGUGGAAUUGGUUAUCAAACCAACCAAGAUCAGGGACUUGGUGCCUUUAAAAGGGAAACAAAUCAGGAUUAGGGAGAUGGCGUCGUUUGCAAAGAAAGAGAAGAAACAACCGACACAGACGACAGAGGUGAAUCUCUCACACGAGCCUGCACCAGAGGAGGUGAAAAGAACGAUAAGCGAUGUGAGCCCUGAUGAUGUGACCCCAAAGAAGAUAGAAAAAGUGAAGAAACCAAAGAAAAAGUAUCCGAAACCAGUUACCAACUAUCCGAUGGACGCCCCAUAUGUGGUGUUAGAAUUCCUGGGGAAAGAGCCUUCCUGUAAAUUUGAUGAUAAAAAUAACAAUCUGCAGCUCCAUAUCCAACUGAAUGUUGACAAAGAGGCCAAGUUUACACGGCAGUUCCCAUGUGAAGGAGAGGAUAGCGUGGAAACAGUCCAGGCGUUCUUAAACAGCGAAGAGUGCCUGGCAUGGGUUCAGGGCUUGCACGCACUUUUCCGCACCAUGACCGUCCCAAAGAAUCUGCGCUCAUUUCUGUCGGCAAAUCCUCUACUGAAAUACUGUGAGCCAGAUCAACUGAUGUUAAUGAUGAAACCUCGUAAAGGAGGUCCAGUCACAAAGGACUUUGACUGCACAGAGCUUGGAUUUGAAGACGCGGAGGCAAUGAGGAGAGUGAACGAUUUCGUCAGUGGGUUGGAAGUUUACGAUUGGUUGCAGAAAGAACAUGGCGUUGAAACAGCAUUAGACUUUGAGGGUGUGACGUGUUUCAAGGACUUGUUAGUAAAGCCCUACACGCUACGUUAUGCUGAGCCAGCAAGUAUUCGCUUGCGUGCUUGUUUCAAAAAUGGCAAAGUUGUGUUUAAGGGGUUCUCAUGUACUGCUAAGGGUCUAGAAGAUGAGGAGGCAAUGGCAAGGAUAGAGGCUUUUGCGAAUGGUCCGGAAGGCAUGGCAUGGGCAAGAAAAAAUGCAUCGGUUCAGGAUGCAGAGGGAAGGAAUGAAUGGGUUGAAUCAGGUACACUAGCUGUUGGCUUGGAAACACGAUGGUUCUUUGACAAUUUUAAGUUCGACACUAAGAAUUGCCUCAAUUACAACAAGAAGUGUGUUGACUGUAUUGUUCCAAAUGCAGUUUCGGUCUCGAUCAAGAAACAUGAUACUUGGGGAAUAACGCACCGGACGGAUGAGACGUACACACUGACAGAGGAGGUGGAGCCGGGGUCCAUUCAAGUGACGAGAUAUGUCUCCUGCUCCGGGGUGACAUCUGCCUGCCGGACAGAAUGCGGUGCACUGCUGAAUGAAGUGAACCAAGGCCAGGAUGAGCAGUACUGUCAAGCUUGCAGCCUGAUGCUCUACACUGAUGAGGAGAUGCUAGCUUGCACACACUGCGGUUUGAAAUCUGGCAGCAGAAAGAGCUGGGGCAAGGUAGAUGGACAUUUGAUGUGUGUUGCCUGCUACCGCUAUUACAAGAAAACCCAUCGGUUACGCUCCAAGGAGAUCAUUGAAAAGUUCAGUGCGAGCAAGAUGAAGAUUAAUCAUAAACAUCUACAGUGUGGCUGGAAAAUGAAGUUGGUCUUGUACAGCGAUGAUAUGUCGACGUGGAAACUCUUCAAAUGCCGUGGUAACGAUUUCUACCACCAAGAAGAGGCAUACCAGCCUACAAAGCGACCGUCCCAGUCUCAGCGCGAUAUGUGGGACCAGCAGAUCUUGACUGCAGGACACUCGAGCAAGACUACCAUGAUCACCAAGAAGAUCAUGAGUAUGGGAGAUGGCACAGUGUCCUUGAAACGCAUCAGGGGUCGCCUCAAACGGAUCAAGGAAGCCAAAGGUGUCAAGCUGAAGCUGUCAUCGGGGCGGAAGGCCAUUAGGAAGGUCCCCAAGAGACAGACAACAAAUCUGACACCGAAGGAGGAAAUCAUAGAAGUAGAAGAAUCAGAGCAAGAGGAUGAUGCCGCGCAUCAGGAAGAUACGGAGGCAGCAGAGAAUGUUGAGUACGAUGGUGUUGAAACUAUCCCUGAGACUAUCCACCCAGAACUUGAGACAAUAUCAGCCGAAGCUCUCGCUCAGUUUGCUCAAACAGUUGAUGAACAGAAAAUUGUCAUCUUGCAGGACCAUAUGCUGUGUAGCAUGUGCAUUGCGCAGAAAAUGAAUCCGCCAUUCACUUGUUCAUCUUCUGAUGAACUGUUCAAACACACGAGUAAGGCCCACUUCAUUAAACUGUUCUCUUGUACGACAUGCUGGAGUCAGGGGGCGUUAGUGAGCUUUGAUUCUGAGCAUGAUCUGACGAGUCAUGUCACCGCCAGACACGCGCUCAGUGGGCAUGACUUGAAACGGCAGCUUGCUGCUGCAUCUAGUUCAGGUGCGAAAAGUCAUACCAUGUCUGAGGAAGUCCUGUCCGCGAUUGAUAGUAUCAUCAACGCAGAUGAGUUCGUCACAGUCCAGGAGCAGCAGCAAGAACUCAAACGAAAGGCAAGGACUGAGUUCGAUGACGCAAAACGUGUUUGCACUGACGGUGAUAUAUUACGAUGUGCGGAAUGCCAGGAGGAGUGUAACGCGAGGGCAAUGUGUUGUGACAACUGUCAUUCAUGGUAUCAUUGGCAGUGUAUCAGCUUCACACAGGAUCAAACCAAUGGCAAAUGGUUCUGUUUGAAGUGUCUGCCAGUCUAAAGUCAAGCGGGACAAUGUUUCUAAAAAUCUGUUGUGAACUGUAUUGCUUUCAAACGAAGAUUCUCAAACUACAUAUGAAAUGUGUGGAACAAAGAAUGAAUUGAUCAUCUGACAUUGAAUACAUGUACCAACCUUAUAUCCCUGAUUCAUGCAUGCCGGCGGUAUUCUAGACUUUAAUGACAGCCACCCUCACGAAAUCAAGGGUUAAAGUAUCCUUUCCUUGGUCUGCACCAGUGCCGGAGAAGGCCACAGCAAUUGGUUGAAUAGUUUCUGCUGUGAGUGCCACAGAAAUCAGAAACAAACGUUGUCACUGUACAGUGAACGUGUCAGUGUGACAUCAGUGUAUACAACAGUGAUGUUGAUAUUUAUAUAAGUAAAAGCAUUUACUCACCUUCAAUGUUCCAUUGCUACAUGUAUCAAUUUAUUUUCAAAAGUUCAUGUACAUGUACAUGUACAUAAUGUGUGGCAUUCAAUUAGUUGAAAUUAAAGCAUUUUCAUUACAUUUUGAA